CUUUAUCACAGGAUAUAAGUUUGUUUUGUUGAAUUGAAAUCUAAUUCCUUGAAGUCUAGGAAAAUGGUGCAAGUUAAUGCGAAUUGUUGAAGACAUGAAAAAUGAAGGUUAAAACUGUUUUUUCCAUAAUGGGCAAUUCAGAAAAAGUGUUUUAGUUCUCUUUCUGACAAAAUACCAAGUGAGAAACCAAAUUCAGUCUUGAACCGACCGCCCACAUCAAAUAAAUUCACUUACACCAACGAAGUGACCAACGAGGACUCGUUGACCUUGAAACCAACCACCAAUUUCGAAACCAUAGAAGUCGGCAAGACCACUACCCCUCAAUCUAACGACUCCAGUCCUGCAAUACUACCCCCCUUCAUCGUAGUUUCCAAUAAAAGCAGCAGUAUUGGAGACCAGAACACCCCACGGCUACCCCCCACAGUCUUCGAUAAACCAACAGGAGAAAGGGCGCCAUUCAUACCAAUUUUACCGCCACCAAUGGAAUCUUCGACAGGUGGUCUCAUUGCUUCGACUCCAUCAAAAAUUCCUCACACUCUGGCACCUAGGGCCAUGACACCAACAUCUGGGAACUUAACGCCUGUAGAAUAUGGAGCUGUAGGGGUCGGAUGUGUCUUGAUUUUCGCACUCAUAGCUUACAUCUAUCAGAAAUACAAACAGUACACAACAAGCAGCGCUGGGGGCUCGUAUUCUCCAAUGACACAACAUAGGAAUGCACCAGGUCGAAAGAAAUCCAACAGAAGCGAGGGAGGACAUUCAACCAACGAAGAUGGCGCAACAGGGAUCGAAAUGAAUGCAAUCAAUUCCGACAUGGUGGUCGUGGAGCUGGCCACAGAGGUCAAAACGGUCGAAGAGGUCGUGGAGACUCCAAUAACCAAAACGAUCGUGAAUGGUCUUCAGAAAUCGUCAUCAGCUGAAAAUCACGAUACAAAACAGUCAAGCUCGUCCACCCCAGAUACCAUCGAAGUAAUUUCGGAGGUUCAUAAACCUAAAUCUAUGGAAAAACCUCCAAGGAAGUCCAGGACACCAAACAGUUCACCAGAAAAAUUCACAUCGGACAAAACUUCAGCCUCAAAUUUAAAUGAAGAUUCACUCAAAACUGUCACUCAUGCCAUCGGUGGCAUACUCAGAAGCCAAGUUCCCGACGAAACAGAAAACCAAACAUGUGGUCAGCAAUCUAACGAAGAAGACAGUAGUGGAGAUUCUGAUGAAAAGGGUGUGAGUUUGAUAGGAAAAUUAGUCCCUACAAAUUCUACAGGAAACAAUGACCAAAAUAUAAACUCAGAAGAUGUUGAAACUGAAAACAAUACACCAGAACAAGAGGUGACAUCUGAUGGCGAACCCUUAUACAGAAGCCUCGAGAGAGAAGUAGACGCGGGUAGCGAAUAUUUUUCAGCGGAUGAACAUUCCGAUGCCAAGAACUCACCUCCAAGGUCACCACUACUAAAAAAAGGAUUCGAAGACAUCUCUACUAGAAACCUGAGAGCUGAGGAUGUUUAUAACACCGAGAUCAUAACGGAAGAUGGAAGAAGAAGAUCGAUCGAAGAAGAUAUCGCUGAGUCUAUUGAAGAAAAGAAAGAUGAUCAGUUUUCAUCAGACACAAUCGAAGGUAUACCAUCAUCAAAUGAAGCUGAAAUUGAAGAUUGCUCAAAUGAAUCUACGCAGCCAAGUGCUCCUAUACUAUCGCAGGAAAUUUGCUCAGACUUUACUGAAAAUGACUGCAGUAGGAGUGAAACUGAUCAAAUCGGCAUACCAAAAGAAAUCCACAUAAAAAACUUGAUAAACACUGAAAAAACAAACAACCAGCGUUACGUAAAAGAAGAAGCUGAGAUGAUAAUAGAUGAUAUCUUGAAAACAUCGCAACUAGACGCACUGACAAUCCAGUCAAUAAAGCAAGAUUUAGGCGACUCUGAGUCUGGAAAGCAAAGAGUGAAGUGGUCAAACAAUUUAGAAAAUAUCAGCUAUGUUUCUUCGAUCAUCGACAAUGAAACUCAAGACCAACCCAAGAAAAAGGCGAGUUGUGACUUGGAUUCAUUCACUUGGACAGAAAUACCAACUGAUAAGACUGAUGAAACCUUAGAUCUGGAACCUUCCGAAGAGGAUGAUGAAAAAGUCCAGAUUCAAGAAUCUUCGAUGCUAUAUAUUCCGGAAGAUUCAAGCAACCUCACGAAGGAAGAUUCAAGAAAUUCCCAACUGGUUGAUGAGAGUUUGGAUAAUGAUAAGACCAAUGUUGUCGAGGAUCACGAAGAAGAAGCAUUUCCAACAACACCAGAUGAAGUCAAUGCACAGAUUUUCGACGCAGACUCACUGUCGGAAGAAAAUUCAUCUUAUUAUGCCCAGAAAAUCAAUUCACCAAACCCCUCACCGUCUUCAACAAACGAAGAUUCGUUUGUGGCCACUGAUCAAAAUAUUGGUUCAAUCGAUGAGGGAUUCCCUAUGGAACACAGAUUCGAAUUCAUUCCUCCAAGACAACCACAAAUAUUCGAAGACGAUCUGAUUGUGUUCUCCAACUCUGACCAAGAAUCCAUUUCACCACUGUCCAAUUCCACCGCCGAAUUUAAUGCCGCAAAUGAGGAACACCUCAUCGCUAUGAGCAAUGAAAAUUACCAACUUAAUAUUGAUCCGACCAAUGCAAGUAACGACAUUUCCGAAGAAAUUACCCCAACGGUUGAAGAAAACGUGGGGAAUCGUACCAAAUGGUAUGUGCCUGACGAUGAAAUCUCUGAACUAGAUCUCAAAAUUGAGGCAGAUAAACCUGGCGGAGGUCUGUACAUUGUACUGAGCGAAGAAGAACCAAAACUUGCACCAGUAGAAAACGUGGCAACACCAACAAACUCACGUGAGACAAGUGAACAAAACAUUUUCGAACCUCCCAGAAAACCCAAGAAUGAGAUUAAGAAUUUCUCCAACAUCUCCUACGCCUUCAUAGAGGUAAAUGACGAUCCUAGGAACGAAGGAUGGCCAGAGCAUCUUCCAAAAAAUAUACACUCAAUUUCAGGUGUUGGACUUGUCAAAACUGCUGACAAUGGAUCGUUGUUGCAUAAUCCCUUGAAGGAGGAAGAACCAGAAGUUAUACCAUCGACUUCGGGGUAUAAAAACGACGCCAUUACCCCAGAUAGCCAACCAAAUACCUCUGAAACUGAAACCACCACUACCCCAGCCCAAAAACCCAUCCCUAAAUUCAUCAUACCAAAUAUGGACGGAAGAUUAUCGAGGAAAAAAGCAUCGAGGAGAAGACAGAUAAAGUCGUUAGACUCAGGUGUCCAUCAUUAUUACGGUGAAUACUUGAGUCUUGCCGAACUACCUGAAAUUGACCAUGAAAAUGAGAAGAAUGAAAUUGAGGUGAAGCAAGAGACAGGGGUGAUUGAGGAUGUGUUAACUAUAAAACCAGAUGGGACAAUAACUCAAGAAACAAUUGUCAUCCCUAAUUCUAAUUGAAUGAUGAUAUUAGUAUAGGAGUUUCUAGUUUAGUUCAAUGUUGUGUAUUUACAUGAUAGCUUGAUAUAAUAAUAUGUUCAUUUUGUAGAAUGUUGAUAUGCAAGUUUCUUAAAAUUAAAUCUAAGGUAUAUUAAAGGACUCCAAGGACAUUAUUCGAUGUAUCUGAAUCCAUUGACUGAUUAUUCAUGAUUUUUCUUGUAGAAUAUUCCACAUCAAAGCAAAUGAUAAAUAUUUUGAAUUCAAAUAUAUUUUUUCCUAAUUUCCAAA